AUGGCAAACUGGCGCACAAUACAGCAGCUAGCAGUAGGUGCGCUUCUUCUUGGCUGCGGCGCGCAAGGGUGUGGACCCGCAGUCCACAACGAAGUAGCUGAGCGCGCACGCCAAUGGUUCCAUGAGCCGCAGGGCUCGGGCAGCAGCGAGCGCAUAGCUUACUACCGCGGGAUCCUCGACCGGCACCCGGAAGCGCUGCAAGCGGGGGUGGUGUUUCCGGAUUGGGGCUACGGGUGCCUAUCGAACGACGACCCGGCCGAGGCCGCGCACUGGACGCCGUUCCUGGAGACAGGGCUGGAGUAUUUCCUGCAGACAUACCGACAGCCAUUGAGCGACAAGGCGGAGCAGCUGGCGGCGUUUCUGUUUGGGAUUGCAUCGCACCAGGUGGCAGAUGAGCUGUGGCAUAGCCUGAGCGGGCUGACGGAGGGGCUGAUGCAGGUGCUGGCAAACUCGACGUUCAAUGGGGAGUUUUCGCGGGCGCACGAUACGCUGGAUGUAGGCGGGGACUUUGCAUUGGCGCACAUGAAUGACUUGGCGUUUAUGCUGGACAAGUGGACAGUGCCCGUGGACGACGUAUUGGCGAUCUACAGGAUGAUGGACAUUGAUGUUGCAAGGUGGCGGCUGAACAUGUGCGUGACCAGGCAGUUUUAUACGAUGGAGGCUGUGAAGCGGUUUGGGCUUGGGCUGUUUCCGUCGUAUGCGGCGCGAGCGCCGAUUCUGACUGAGAGGAUCGAGGACUACUUUGUGGGCGGGCUGUUCUCGAUGGCGACGGCGACCAGCGAUUGCUGGUACUCGCUGGUGGAGUGGUUCGACAGGGGCGACUUUUCCAAAAAGUGCCUCAUCAGCGACCAGCAUGACCGGCACCAUCGGCACCGGCGGCCUGGCAAAAGGCUUUCGGACUACCAUGGGUCGCUGGGCGGCACGCCGAUGCAGCGGUUCGUUGAAGCGCAGCUGGCAGAGCAUCAAGAGCAAAUGCGAGCAGUGGCGAAUGUGACAGAGCAUGAUGGCACGCUGUACUUGGGCGUGGACCCACGUCGUGUUUCCAGGCCGUCACACAGAGGCCAUUCCCGCCAGCAUGUGUUUGGGCGCAAAGUGUCGGCGCAUGCGGGCAGUGGCGAUGAAUGUGCCGAGCUGACCACGUUAUACCCGAAGGUCAAGCAGCUGUAUACAAUGCAGGCGUACUCUGGGUUUGGACAGGCAGUAGCCAUGGGCGACUUCAGUGGCAACGGCAAUACCGACGUGGCAAUCAGUGCUCCGUACUAUAAGCCAAAAGAUACCACGCAUGGCAUCGGCGCUGUAUUUGUGCAGAGAACCAGACAACCCUUGCGAUAUUCGCUGUUCGGCUCGGCACUGACUGUCGUCGAUCUCAACGCCGACGGCAUCGACGACUUGGUUGUCGGGAGCAGCGGAUACGGGGAGACGGCGACCGGCGACCGGCUAGGCAGAAUCGACGUCUACUUGGGCCGCCGCGGCGCCGGUCUUCCUGGCACACCAGAUCUGACGCUGACAGCAGACCAGCUGGCACUGUACACCGACAGCCCGUGGUCGCGGCAGCGGAUUGGCACGCAUCUAUUUAGCGCGGACAUCAACAACGACGGAUUCAAUGACCUGGUGAUCGGGGCGCCGUACCACUCGGAGUUCCCGUUUGAGCUGCACUCAGGCCGGGUGUUCGGGUACCUGGCAAGGCAGCGGCAGAGCAGCGAAGGACACCUGGGGCCACCGGACUUUGUGGUAGUGUCACCGGAGCGCUUGCCGUUCGAGUGGUUCGGGCAGUCAGCCAGCGCCGUGCACGUGCAGAACACGACGCUGCUGCUGGUGUAUGGGUUUAAGGUCGGCAAGGCGGCUGAAUACGACGGGCUGGAGUUCACGCUGUGGACCGAUCGGGCGCAGCUGGGCAGCAGCAUUCACGUGUGGGAUGCGGCCACCGACAACGAGACUGUGUCGAUUGUGUUGUUUGGGUCGCCGUCGGAGCGUAACCCAGCCAUGGCAAUGCGUGUGCGCGAGCCGCCAGCCAGCCAGCCGCCGGAGCGCGGGUGGCAGGCCGGCGGUGUGCGUGUGAUCGAUCCGCAGCGCUGGAUGCAGGUGGGCGCGUCGGCCGAGGACGGGCGGCUGGCCGGUCUGCUGAGCACGCUGCGGGGAUCACAGAGCCCAGGCCAUUUUGGGCGUGCGCUGGCGUCGACGCCGUCGGAGGUGUGGAUCGGCGAGCCGUUCAGCGGGAUCGAGGAGGGCAGGGUGUAUCGCUGGCGGCCCGACUUUGACCGUCCGCAGUGCUUUGCCAUGCGCAAUGCCAAUGGCCAGGCGCGGCUCGGCUCGGUGAUUGAGGUCGCACAGCGGAGCGGCAGGGAGUCGCUGGUGGUCGGCGCGCCGCACGACAGCCAGUUCGCCAGGCUCACAGGCAGCGUGUUGCUGAUGCAGAAAUAA